UGCCUCCGAAUGGUGUACGAUUGCAGAAUGACGUAUUUGGUAUAACUGUCAGUUGGUCUGAUCCUACAUAUACACCAAAGUAUAAGGUAUUGCAGUACAAAAUAGAAUGGAAAGUAAAUGGUUUAGUUGACAGGUUUUGUAAAAUAGUUUCCGGUAGAACCUUCACAUAUGUAAUUUGCGAUGUGUUUCCAUGCACAAUAUACACAGUAACUGUGAGGACAUGUACAUGUGCAAAUGUAGAUGAGGAACGUCAAGAAUGCUGGAGAAAAAGCGAUCCAAGCGAGGAAUUAACAAUUAUAUCGGAAGAUCCAUUACCACCACGAAAUGUAGAUGCUACAGCGGGAAAUGGUGGUAUUUACCUUACAUGGGUACCGCCACUGUAUCCAUCUAGUCAAAACAUUAAAAAGUAUAUGAUAGAAAGAAAAUGCAAUGGUCACAAAGAUAUUAUGUAUUCCUCAGCAGACAAUACUUCUUAUUUAAUGUCAGAUGUUUUGCCUUCUCAGACGUAUUCGUUUGCUAUGAAAACAUGGUGUAUAACGUCGGACAAGGACUGUGAAAGUAUAUUUAGCAACAGUAUCAAAUAUACCACGAAAGAUAACAACAUAUGUCUGGUUAAAGACCCCAGGGAUAGAUCAAACAGUGAAACAUAUUCGUUUCAUGGAAUAAAUCAUCCUAGAUCAUCCGUCUUAAUAAACAGAGCCGAUGAACGUGGGCGUACAAUUCUUAUGCAAGAGUGCAAACGAGGUAAUACCCAUAAUGUAAACAAGUUGAUCAUUAAAGGUGCUGAUAUCUCAAAGGAAGACAAUGAUGGUAAUAGCUCACUGCAUUUAGCUUGUCAAUAUGGACAUCUUGGAAUUGUGAAACGUCUUCUUGAAAGUGGAAUAUUAAAUAUAAAUUGUACAAAUAAAGACGGGAAAUCGCCAUUUUAUUUAUGUUGUAUGGGUGGUCAUAUUUUAGUAGUAGAAUAUCUAAUAAGAAUAAAAUGUGAUAUAAAUAAAGCUGACAAAAAUGGAAUAAGUCCUAUUAUGACAGCUUGUGGCCAAGGAAAUUUUGAAAUAACGAAAAGACUUAUUAAACAUUUUGUGGAAAUUAAUAGUACUGAUAAUAAAGGUAAUGCAUUAAUGCAUUACGCCUGUUUAUGUGGCAACAUUUGUAUAGCAGACCUACUUAUAAAUAAGGGGUGUAAUGUAGAUAAUCCCAAUAAUGAUGGUGAAACACCUUUGAUAGUAGCUUGUGGUAAAGGAUAUUUGUCAAUAGUAAAACUACUAAUCAAUAGAUUUGCGAACAUUUACAUUACCGAUAAUAAAGGACGUUCGUCGUUUUAUUGGUCUUGUGUCAAUGGAAACUAUCGUUUAGUUAAAUUCCUAAUAGGAAAAGACUGUAAUAUUAAUAUGUCUGCCAAUGAUGGGACUACUCCACUAAUAGCAGCAUGUUUAAACAGCAAUGUACAAACAGCAGACAUUCUUAUCCAAGGAGAUGCUAGCAUUAACUCUGCAAAUAACAGAGGGGAAACGCCAUUGUUUUGGGCCUGUUUCACUGGUGCCAAUUAUAUAGUUAGUUUACUGAUAAACUUAAAGUGUAAUAUAGAUAAGGGUAACAACAGUGGGAUUACUCCUCUUGUAGCGGCCUGUUUACAACGAAAUAAACAAACUGUAGAAAUUCUCAUCAAAGGAGGUGCUGACAUUAAAUCUACAAAUGAAAGAGGAGAAACGCCAUUGUUUUUAGCGUGUGGAGUUGGUGACAGUGAUAUAGUAAAUUUUCUGAUAAAUGGAGGAAGUGAAAUAGAAAAAGUUGACAACAAUGGAAAUACUCCUUUCAUGAAUGCCUGUUCUAUCAAUAGUUUAAAAAUUGUGCAGAUUCUUAUCAAAAGAAAGGUUAACAUUAACCAAACAAAUUUUCAAGGACAGACAGCAUUUUAUUGGGCAUGCCGCUUUAAUGCCGUUGAUGUUGUAAAGUAUCUAAUAGAUGAAGACUGUUGUAAUCUAAAUCAGCCUGACAAUGAUGGGAACACACCUUACUGGGUUGCUUCCAUAUAUGAAUAUGAAACAAUAAAAAAUAUUUUGAUAAAGAAAGGUGCUGACAAAAUGUGAUAUUAUAAGGAGACUUCGCUUAACCAUUGUCUUGUGUUAGUAUACGUGAUUUUUUUGUAUACAUAACAAAUAACAAGUAGACUCCUUACUUCCUUACAAACAACGUUAUCUUGCUGAGUCUGUAAAAAGCCCUAUGAAAAUACUUUCAAAAUCAUGUUAUUAGGAAUUGGCUAAAACAAAAAGAUUAUCAAGGCAUACUCAUUAUAUGCUCGAUCGAUCUAUCGACCUUGUCAAUAUGCAUAUAUCCAUCCUAGAAGUCAAUCAGAUCAUUGCUGCUACGUCAUUGAUUUCAAUCAGUCAUGUUAACAGACGGAAUUGACGCAAAUUUAUUUUCGAUUAUUUAUAUAUAUUUACUUACAAAACACAUGGCAGGGAUAAACAAUGGUUAUUUAUGCUGCCGCUGGAUGCAACAAUAGAAAAAAGAAGAAAAUUGACAUGAAUUUUACCGUUUUCGAAUGGCUGUAGACUGAGAUACCAGAACGCGAUAUAGUGAGCCAUGCCAAGAGGUCAGCAUAUGUUUCAAGUGUGCGGUACCGGUGAUUCCGUAAGAGACUAAAUGACACAGAAAUUACCAGCUUUUUUUAAAUUACCUUCGACAAAACGAAACACGAAUUUCUCAUUUUAUAGCUAUAAAUACG